AUGCCUCCAGCGUCGGUCAUCCCUUCCGGAUACACGUUCCUCACCCUCGACACUUUCAUAUCUGUCCGGGGUAAAGAGCUUGCAGAAAAGCUUGCGAAAGACGCAGAGAACAGGGACCCAGACGCGUUUGAUAUGUAUAUUUACAAUGAUUUCUAUUCCUACGGUGUCCUGGAUCUCGUCGACAGGAUGCUGGUGAAACUACAUGGUAAAAUAGUCAAAAAGGAAUGGGAAGAUGCAUACCACAUCCUCGAGGGGUUGAUCGCUUUCGCGGAAUUCGAAGAUGUUUGGACGCAGUGCGACGACGGAGAACGCGUCGACAUCACGAACAAGGCGAUUGGAGCCUGCGCAAUCGCUAUAUUUCGUGGCCUAGAUGACAACGCACAGUUGGACAAGACACAUUUUCCUAGUUUGGAGAACCUCCUGAAGAAUGUGGCGGCCUUCAGCGAGCACAUAGCCGACAUAGGGUGCGAAGCCGAAUACGGUUUCCUCUGCAAGGCCAUGGCGAGGCGCUUGUUUAAGAACAAAUCCAAAGCCGACUUCAAAUUCGAGUUCGACUGUCUCAACGAAUGGGCGGAUGGGCUGGAGGAGGAGGACAAGAAGGAAAUCAAAGCGGAGAUAAAGAAGAUGGCAGACGAAAAGGCUGUCGCAAUUGCCUCGGGAAAGAAAGUCAAGCCAUGGUAUGCGAAGGGAAAGGUCUGCGACGAGGACGACAACGACCCGGAUUUCAAGUUAUCUCGGGUGUGGAAAGAGUACAAGAAGCUCGCCCCGACAGACCCCAAACGCGAUCGUUAUGAUAUCAGCAAGUGGUCGGCUGAAGAACGAAGCAAGUAUUCAUUCGACUCCAUGGACACGGAGGAUUACUGA